CCCCGGUCGCGGAGGAUGAAGCGCAAGGAGAAGCCCACCCCGGAGGAGAAGAGGCCGCGGACGGCGUUCAGCGGCGAGCAGUUGGCGAGACUGCGGCACGAGUUCGCAGAGAACCGCUACCUGACCGAGCGGCGGCGCACCGAGCUGGCGCGCGAGCUGGGCCUCAACGAGGCGCAGAUCAAGAUCUGGUUCCAGAACAAGCGGGCCAAGAUCAAGAAGGCGACGGGCUCGAAGAACCCGCUGGCGCUGCAGCUCGUGAGGGGAUGUGAGGAGGCAACACGAAGGGAAGGACAAAAGAUUACUAACAGCAAAAGCAGCUCACAGAUCUCCUAA